CAAAUUUUCAACGUUCUUGAACUUCUCUUCGAUGCGGUACUACUACGGAUACCCAAGGAAAUAGCGGCGAACUAGUUUAGGCUGUAUCAAACUAUCAUCAACGCGACAAAAUCACAGAAACAAGAACGAUCUCAAAUGUCCCAGCCACUCAUCGACUUGCGGACCACACUGCACGGGGGACGUUCUCUCUUUGCCAUGCAGCCCAUCGCCCCGGGGACUAUCAUCUUUGCAUGCGAAGCUCCUUUUGCGCAUGUGAUUUGCAAAGACUAUCGCAGGGAGGUCUGUGCUCAGUGUUUCGCUUACGCAGCAAGUAAUUCUCGAAAUAUUGGCGAUCCACGAACUUGGAGUAUCAGAAGCCGUAGGGAAACUGCAGAGUCUGCUUGGUUUUGCACAGAUGGAUGCAAGAUCGCAUGGGAAAGUGGUGUGACAGGUCCCAUGAUAGCAGAUGUCAAUGCUCUUCUUGCCAAGGCAAAGAUGGCCACUCGAAGGCAACCCAAGGACGGACAUCUUGGUUACGAUCCGAUAUUGCCAAACGGUUCUACUGCACAAAUCACGCAACACCAGAUCGAUAAAGCGUGGGCGGAUGCCGAGGAAUUUGUCUCCUCUCGAGCUCGUCUUUCUUCGUACUGCUCGACGAUGAAUUUAGAAGAUAUGGAACUCGAAAUAUCACGCUUGGUUGCUUCAGCCAUUGUCCAGCGAUAUGUAUUUGAUCACGGCCUCGCCAAUCUUGCAGUCUCUUCGAUAAUCUCCACCUCAAAUCCCUGGGCAGAAUUUCUUGGUCUCCAGAGCAGCGAGCUCUCGAACGUUCGCAUGCGGCCUUACAUUUUCGCAGCGCAUCUACGUUUAUACGCUUUUCUGUGUCAUUCGCUUCCACAGCAUCUCAAACCGUAUGCUUCUAUGGUACGAGGCGUCCUUGCGCGCGAUACGGGGAAUGCUUUCGGCAUUUGGGAUGGAGACAGCAAAGAUGAAAUGCUCGGAUGGGGCCUUUGGGUGGGCGCAAGUUAUUUUAAUCACAGCUGUUACCCAAACGUCAAAAAGGCUCGUGUCGGACGUACCAUGCACUUCACCACAACUCGCUCAGUCGAAACCGGGGAGGAGCUAUGCAUUAGCUAUAUCGAUCACGAUCAAACUAUUACGCAGCGCAGACAGGAGCUAGAAGACAGCUGGUUCUUCGAAUGUCGGUGCCAGCGUUGCCAAUCAGAAAAAUCUGAUGGAUGUGUACAUUGAUGUGCUCUUCUCCCGUUUUUCAUACGUUACUCGGCUCACCUACAUCCCCAUUUAUAGGGUUGUUUGAGAGGAACCCAGUGUUAUAACUUAUCCCCCAAAAGUAUACAUGCAAAACUCGCACCUACUCGGCAAUUGAGCGGUCCUUUCAACAUUGAAACGGUUCGUAGCCUGGCCCAGGCUCUGAGCUCCCCAAUCUACAGUUGUUCAGUGUUAACUUAGUGUUAUUUGCCCAUGAUCAAUUGUCACCAAUAGAUUCAUCC